GUUGGCUUCAAAUUAAUCAUGUUUUUGCCUAAAAAUUACUUUGUGAUGAGGGUAUCGAGCUGGAUCCACUGGUCCUGAAUGAUACGUCGAGUUCAGAAUCUGAUCUGGCUGAUAUAGUGCAGCUGUUUUUAAAGCACUUGCUUAAAUUUGACUGUUUAUAGCCUAAUUUUUAUUCAAUCAGAUCAACUUAAAACGACAAAGUUUUUUCAGGUAGAUAUGUCAUCGUCAAAACUGUAUGGAAAAGUGGUUGUGAUCAAGAGAGAUGGUCAGGAUGGAGCCAUCUUCCCCAUGCACACCAAAUCCAUCACCAUCGGAAGGAUGCCAGCGUGUGACAUUCGAGUUCAGUUGCCAACCGUGUCCAGAAGCCACUGCAGACUGAGUGUGAAUGCCAAUCAGCAGGUCAUCCUCACCAACCUCAGCAACAUCAACCCAGCACAACUGAACGGGAAAAUGAUCAGACAGGAGGCACCUGUCUACCACGCAGACAUCUUACAAGUCGACGACCGGUUCUUCAGGUUUGAGUACCCGUCCAACAGUGUGUUCAUGCAUAUUCCGAAGAGUGCAGAUGUCAAACACUUCGCCCGCAACAUGAUCGAUGUGCUAAGCAAUCAACAAGAAGAGGAGCAAGAUCCAAUCGGAGAAGACCACGUUUUAAAAACUGUGAAAAAACCGAGAAAAUCAAUGGCAUCAUCCGACUACAAGUCGCCAGGAAAAGAAGCGCUGAUGAGCUCGGGAAAACGAAUCUCAUUUGCCGCCAAAGCAAUCAGUCCAGAAAUAAUUGACAAGAACCUCCCCGCCUCCCAGCCCGUGAAACGAGGAUCGAUUCCAGCAUCUCCCGUUCCAAGUAAAGUGAGAAAGAGUCUAUUGAGAACUCCAGGAACUUGCGAACCACUGCGGGAGCUUAACGAGUCCAAUGAAGGCAGGUCAAGCUCCGUAGGAGUGAAUUCUAGCUCUGCUAAGAGAAAGUCAGAACCCGCUAGGAAAUCAAAAUCGGUCAGCCCACAUUCGAAAAAAUUAGCUAGGAAAUUGGUAAACGACGAGAAUGUUGAUACAUCUUUGGACGCUUCGGGAAUUGAAAACAGUUUGGCGCAGAGGAAAAUAAUUACACCGAACCGAAGAUCCCGAGUCUCGAUUCGAACUGACAGUCCGGAUUCGUCUCUGGAUUCAAUCACUGUAUUUUUGACGCCCGAUGGAAGAACGCCAGCUGCCAACAAGGUCGUCCCUGCCUCGAUUAAAUCCAAAUUUCAAACACCGUGGAUGUCAAAUGUGAAAGGAUUGCCGAAAGUUUCCCCGAAAGACCCAAAAGUUCCCACCCCGAAAUCACAGAACCCGUCGCCGGGAAACAAGAAGUCGCCACAAGGUCAAAUAGCGAACGCUUCUCCUGCAAAACAAACGCCUUUAAGUCCAAUGACGAAGAAAAGUUUGGUUGCCAGAAGCUCGGUUGCUCCCACUCCUAGGGCCACAAACAUGCGAGUUGAACUGUUAAAGAAGACGUUGAAUAAGUCUGAAAUGGUAGGACGUAAGAGUUUAAAUGGAAAUGGUCCGGUGAGACCGAAAUCAGCCAAGGCUGAAGGUAGAAAGAGUACCCUCAUGGGUAAGAAAGUGGUGCUUGGCAAGACUCCUGGAAGUAUGUCUUGGGCAGAUAUUGCGAAGAAAAGAUUGACACCGAAAGCGAAGAUGACCCCUCAAGCUGUGGUUUCGAAGAUCAUCAAAGGCAAACGGACGUUCAAAGUGAGAACGAAGCCAGCUAAGAGGAAUGUAGUGCAUCAGGACAUGACUCCUGAUCUCGUGAUCCAGAAGCCAGUUGCAGUUGUCAAGCCAAUUGUGUCAUCAGUCGAAAAACGAAUGACUCCCUCCAAGAGCCCGCAAAUCCCAAAAGUCAAUUCUCCAGGAGUGCAGAAACUAACCAAAACAACACCUGCGAUACAAAAGGCAGUUCUCGAGAACAGAAAAGAACUGAUUGUGCGAAGCUUGACCUCGAAGACGCCGGAUAAGUCGAACGUUGAAAUUAAGUCUCUUUCAGGGGCAGAGCACGUCAAAUCCCCAUUGCAGUCAAACUCAACCGUUCUAAACGUGUCCGUGCGAGAUAUCCCUGCAGCUAGACAGUCAUUGAACAAAUUAGAUGAAGGAAAAGAUAUGACUGUAAAAGCGAAUACACCUAACAAUACUCCUGUGAAAGUACCAAGUGCUCAGGUUAGUCGACUUUCGUCUGUUACCAAAGUUGCAAACUCGGUGAAGGCUGAACCGAGCCCAAAGCCACAGUCGUCUGGAAACGUUAAAGUGGAUCCGAAACGAAAUUCUGCCAGUAAGACACCUGUGAAAAUAACAGUUACGCCGAAAAGGAUGUCAGAGUUAAAAACUCCGACACCAAAAAUCGUACCAUCUCCCCGAUCAAGCUCUGCUGUGAAAACUCCUCUAACCAAAGUUCAAACACCGAAAACAUUGUCUGAUAGCAAGAGUUCAUUAAAAUCUGAGACAAAACAACCAGAGGCUCCUGUAAGUGCAAAGAAACCUUCACCAAGGUCACGAUCUGUGAGUAAAACUCCAAUCAAUGUUGCAACACCUGGUAGGCUUAGAUCAGCUAGCAGAACUCCAGGAAGCGUAGCUUCUGUGUCUGAACGAACACCAGCUGGUAAGUCGCUCGCUAAGAAGGUUACUCCGAUUGUAAAAACUGAAGCUACGCCUAAAAAUAAGUCCACGUCCCCUGGAAAAACCGUCAGUGAGAAGAUAUCACCGGAAAAAUCAUUACCAAGAAUGAGUUACAUCAAAUCUCCGGCAAAAUCAGCAGAGACUCCAAAAGAAGAGACGCCAGCCAAGCAGACUCCCCAAAAACAAGAACAGGCUACUGUUUCUUCCGCUGUCAAGUCGCUUGCUGGUAGAUCGAGGUCUGCGAGUAAAACUCCUAUCAAGGCUGCAGAGGUUCCGGAACCCUCUUCUGAAAGCAAAUUAGCUGCCAAACAAGUUAAACAAAUUACGGGAGGAAGUCGUAAAUCAAAGAGUAUGAGCCCAAAAUUAGACGGAUUGCGGAAGCUGUUGAGGACUCCUAAAACAGUGCAGUCGCCAAGACUUUCUGGAAUUGCGAGCCUUCUCAAAACUCCGGUUGUUGCAGCUGUUGUGGAAGUUAAAACUACGGCUAAGAAAGUCACUCCAAUGAAAUCUCCCGUGAAAGCGACUCCGCAGAGGUCGACGAGAACUAGAACUAGACGAGGGGCUAAAGUAGAGGAGCCGGAAACCGAUGUGCAAGUCGAACAGGUUGAGGUAUCGUCAAAGAAGGUCAGCAAAAGAGGAGCUCCUAAGUCAGUUGAAAAAGAAGUUACUCCUGCAAAAUCACCUAAAGUAGCAUCACCAGUUAAGACUCGAACCCGAAAAGGACGCGCAGUUAAAAUUGUGGAACCACCGGUUGAGAAAUCUCCAUUGAAGUCAUUGCCGGCUGAAGAAAAACCGAAGAGUCCAGCUAAAGUUUCACCCAAGCCGAAGCGAGCAACGAGAGGAAAGAAAGCCGAUGCUUCUAAAGAGCCAAUUGAAACUCCAGCAGAGUCGAACUCGGAAACAACAGCAAAAACUCCAGCGAAAGCCCUGAAAAAAACUGAGGAAGUGAUUGAAACGGCUUCAAGGUCAACGCGCACACGUCGCGGAAAAGCAACCGAAGAACCUGUCUCGGUUUUAACCGCUGAAAAAACACCAGAAAAGAAAAGUCAAGCCAAACGCAAAGCGAAAACUCCAGCGGAAAAGAGUCCGGUUAUGAAGUCUGCAUUGAAAAAUUCUCCGACUGUAGCUGAGGUGGUUGAAGUUGAGGUUCCGACGCGAAGUACCAGAACACGAAGAGGAAAAGCUGUAGAGCCUAAAGCGGCCUCACCCGUUGAGAAGAGUCCAGAAAAAAGGAAGUCACCUCCUAAAGAAGAUGAGCCUCCUAAAAAGACCAAGAAAGUGGAAUCUAAAGCAGUCGAAGAGGAAUCAGCUUCCAAAGUGAGUCCAGUGAAAACCCGAAAGUUGAGAGGAAAGGCCAGAAGUCCGAGUCCGGCAAAGAGUCCAGUGGCAGUGCCCGCGCCUUCCGCUAAAACAUCAAGGAAAAAGAAGGAAACAGAAGUUGUGGUAGAGGUUGCUGAAACUCCCAAGAAGGCUACUCCACCGAGGAAAACCCGACGAGGGGUGAAAGCAAGUCCAAAAAAAGCUAUGAGUCCCGUUGCUCCAAAGUCAAAGAAGGCAACUAAGUCUAAAUCCAGCCCUGGAAAAAAUACAAUCAGCCAAGAAGUUGUUGCAAGCCCCCCUAAAACGAGGUCUCUGAGAAACCGAAAAAAGUGAUUGUUUUGUGAAAACUAGAUUGUUAGUUUGAUUUCCAUUGUUUUGUUGAUUUUCUUGUGCUUCGAAAGUCAUGAUUCAGUAGUGCAUAAAACUAUAAACAUCUGUGUUUUUUUAAAUGUAUUUGAACCUAACCCUGCUUAGUGAACGGUCCAAAGACCUGACAUUUUUUGUGUUGAACUAUUUAGUUCACGAGGCAAUUCAAAAAAUAACCCAAAAAGGUGUAAAAUUUCAUAAAAGAUAUAUGAUUGUGGUGAACUGUUUUGUAAUUUUUGAAUUCAUUGUUAAUCUGGAUUAAA